CCUAGGUCUUAUCGGAUUCGAGUCAUAUUUAUAUUACAACGACGAUAUCCGAAUAAAAAUAAUCAUUGACAUGCCGACUCUCGUCACGCAUGUAUCGUCGGAAUUUUAACGCAAAAAUUAAAAUGGCCAACAUAUUAUUAGCAUCAUGUGUCAUUGCGUUGACGUUAGUAUCAGCGUCGUUGGCUUCAGACUUUAUCGUUUUAUACUCUGAAGAUGAGAAACAAUUAGAAGCGGAAUAUGGAACAAAUACAUCAUCGAAGCAUCUGAAACUCAGUUUCUUCGAAGAUUGUAUCAACAAAGAUCCAAGUGUUUGUACCCCAAAAACGAGAAGCAAUGCAGAGUACUUAAGUUAUUUUAUGGAAUCGGAAAAACAGGAAUGUAAGCAUUUCGAACAAAUCAGUCAGUCGAUGAACGAUGUCUUGCAAUUCUGCGUCGAUUUCGAUAACAGUUCUUGGUUCGGUGGCGCCGAAGUUGGUUUACAGGAAUGGCCUCUGAAUAAACUCAACUGGACAGACAGAGAAUAUGUGACAAAAGAAUCACACAGCCAAGCAGUGGUCGAGUCAUAUUUCUUCAACUCUGACGGCUUUUACUUACACAUUAACGAUUCGGUUGCCUUGUUCGUAGACAUCAAUGGCCCCAGACCGGGAAAAAUGUGCUUUGCCGCCAAAGUUGUCGCUCCGUACAGAAAAGUCAGGAAUUUCAUGCAAUUCCGCGUUUGCAAAUUUAGCGACCCCCGGAAAGCUCACGAAAACGCCAUUAAAGAUUUUCUCGGUUCGCCCACAUCCAUACCCGAUCCUUACGUAGUGAAGUACCCGAUUUGGUCCACGUGGGCUAGGUAUAAGAUAGACGUCAACACGUCUUCCGUUUUGAGUUACGCCGAAGAAAUUGUCAAAAACGGAUUUGACAGAGGUACGUUCGAGAUCGACGACAAGUGGGAAACUUGCUAUGGCAGUGCAACUUUUGAUAAAGAACGAUUCAGUAAUAUCAAAGACACAGUAAAUAAACUGAGAUCGUAUGGCUUCAAGACUUCUUUGUGGACACAUCCGUUCAUAAACAAUGAUUGUCCUAUUCACGAAGUGGCAAAAAGCAACGGAUACUUUGUCAAUAGUACAGCGGGCACAGUGAACUCUACGUGGUGGAAUGGAAAUGCCUCUUAUAUAGACUUCACAAAUCCCGAAGCGGCGGCAUGGUGGUCAAAUGGUCUACGCAAUUUACUUGCAACAUCUGGUAUUGAUACACUGAAGUUCGAUGCAGGCGAAGCCAGUUGGAGCCAUCCACUUCCCGUCUAUUACGACAACGAUUUGACAUACUACCCCGAUAAUAUUGUAAACGCGUACCUCACAACAAUCAAGGCUUUUGGCGAUGGCAUAGAGUACAGGGCUUCCAGAAGGAGUCAAUCAUAUGGUUGUUUGUUAAGAAUGAUUGACCGCGAGUCCCGAUGGACUUACGAAUUGGGACUGCCAACACUGGUCACAUCUCUCAUACAUUUGAAUAUGAUUGGAUAUCCGUUCGUGUUACCGGACAUGAUCGGUGGAAACGGUUAUAACAACUUACCGCCUUCCAAAGAAAUGUACAUCAGAUGGAUGCAAGCCGCUGUGUUCAUGCCAGUCGUACAGUUUUCGUACACUCCUUGGGACUUCGACGCACAGACGUUAGAAUUGUGCCGACAUUUCAUGGCGCUCCGCAACAACUAUACCGACACAAUUGUGGAUUUAAUGAAACUAACUGUUGCACAUGGUACCCCAGUGAAUCCUCCGGUCUGGUGGAUCGAUCCCACUAGUACAGAUGCACACGCAAUCGACAACCAAUUUAUGUUGGGUGAAAAUAUUCUAGUAGCUCCAGUUCUCGUCGAAGGUGCAACUUCCCGUCAUAUUUACUUGCCCAAGGGUAUGUGGAGGGACGAAAACCAUCCCACAAGUCCACUCUUGUCCGGAAGAAUAUGGCUGAUCGACUAUCCUGCCAGCCUUGAAGUCCUCCCGUGGUUUACUAGGGUUAGUCCAGAGAAUCAGCCAGAACCAUCCAGUUCGGUUUGCCAUAUGUCGUCUGCUACUUAUAUUAUCGCUUUAGGUUUAAUCGCGUAUUUAUUCCGAUGAAAUUCACGAUAAUAUAUCGUUGAGUUCAUAGAUACCUUACUUAGUGUAAUAUUAUGAUAUAAUUUUUAUAUAUAUUUUGAUUGUACAGCCAGUGGUCCAAUAACUUUGCUGGAAUUUGAUUUAAUUUACUCAACUGACGUGAUAUUAAUUAUAAUUAUUACUUUCGAUGUUUCGCUAUACGUUUUAUAGUUUAUUAUUAUUGAAAUAAAACGUGCUGACUUCUGUGUAAA